ACAUAGUCGCGGUUGCCAAUCAGUUAUUGAUGAUGCCUUCUGUCCGGCCACUUUAUGCUGCUGAGGUGCACACGGGCAAGGAAGCGUUUUGCUUUCACUACUUUCAAUCCUGACUUCUUAAAUUAAUUCGGUUCGAUUCCUAGUAAUUUUUCGGUGUGACAAUACCACUUCGAAAUUCAUCGUCUAACUCUAUGAGGCCUAUCGACCCAACAACGAUUGGGAUUUGAUGACACUCUUCACGCUGAGAGAGGAGCACCCAGAAGAUAAUUUAUUUGGCACGACUUGUGAUUUACAUGAUAUGCAUCGUGAAGCAGCAAAAUGGAAGAAAAUAAAUGGAGAACAAUCAACAACGUAUAUAGGAGGGAAUCGGAUAGGAGGAUCAAGUGGUCUGGACACUCUAAGGUUGAAGAUAGAAGGUAAAAACACCAACGGCAUUGUGGCACGUGUCCAAACAAACAACCAAAUGCGUGGAAGCAGCAAUUUACAAUGGAGGGAGGAAGAAAAUAGUUGGUGUUUGUUAUUAUUAACUUGUGUUGUGUCGUGGCGACAGGCAGAGGAUGGAGAGAUAUGCAUGGGUUCAUCUCCAACGUCCAAACCUCAUCCUUGAAGAUUAGAAGCUCUCGUUUACCUGGCUUUCUCCAUCACAAUUUCAAUGCAGAGCUAGCUAGCCAGGCCCCUUGGGUGGAUAUAUCAUAUUCAUAUAGACGAGGAGGUGGUGGGUUGGUGAGUUCUAUAAAGGCAGGAAGGUCCAGGGUUCGUUGCCCACCAUGUCUUCAGCUUCGCUAGUUAAGAGCUUCAACCUCACCUCUUCUUCCUCCUCCUCACCCUUCUCUCCUGCUACCAGUAGGAAACCUAGUCCUUGCAGUGUUUCUGCCAGGCUCACUACUUCUCCUGCUUCUCGAUCUCCUGCCCCUAACCUCAUCCAGAAGAAGCCUGUUUCCUCUGUUCCUGCUCUAACUAGGAAGGAAGAAAUGGGAAAGGAAUAUGAAGAGGCCAUUGCAUCUCUCCAGAAACUUCUCAGUGAGAAGGCAGAGCUGAAAGCUGAAGCAGCAUCCAAGGUGGAGCAGAUAACAGCCCAAUUGCAGACAGCCGAUGGCAGCGGCACCAAGACUUAUGAUGCCGUCGAGAGACUCAAGAGCGGCUUCAUUCACUUCAAGAAAGAGAAAUAUGACACCAACCCAGCUCUGUUCAACGAACUUGCCACAGGCCAAUGGCCCAAGUUUAUGUUGUUUGCAUGCUCGGAUUCCCGGGUUUGCCCAUCACAUGUUCUGGAUAUCCAGCCAGGGGAGGCUUUUGUGGUCCGCACAGUUGCUAAUUUGGUCCCACCCUUUGAUAAGACUAGAUACUCUGGGACUGGGGCUGCCGUUGAGUAUGCUGUUUUGCAUCUUAAGGUUCAAUACAUUGUGGUGAUUGGGCACAGCGCUUGUGGUGGGAUUAAGGGACUCUUGUCCAUCCCAGAAGAUGGAAAAACCUCCACUGACUUCAUAGAAGACUGGGUGAGCAUCGCCUCCCCUGCAGGGAAGAAGGUGAAGGCAGACCAUGGCGCUGAUGCUCCCUUUGCUGAAUUAUGCAGCCAUUGUGAAAAGGAGGCGGUGAAUGUGUCGAUUGGGAAUCUGCUGAGCUAUCCAUUUGUGAGAGAUGGUUUGCUGAAGAAAACUCUGGCAAUCAAGGGAGGCUACUACGACUUUGUCAAGGGAGGUUUUGAGUUGUGGGAUGUUGACUUUAGCUUCUCUACCUCUCUCUCCGUAAAAGAGGUGGCCACCGUACUGCAGUGGAAGCUCUAGGGGCAUCACCACCAAUUCCAUUCCAUGGUUUAGAGAGAGAGAGAGAGAGAGAGAGAGAGAGAGAGAGAGAGAGAGAGAGAGAGAGAGAGAGCCUUAGAGAUGAUGAUCAUUGCAAACAUGUGGCUCCAUCUCCUCAUGAUAUGAAUCUAAUUACGCAUAUAUGAUGAAUGGGUUAUGAUAAAGUGAAUUGGGUUAUGUAGACCAACAAUUUAAGCCAUCUUUCUUUUAUCUAAAGUUUGGGUUGUUAAUCCCAAGUUCCUCUUAA